AUGAAAUUGCUGCUCGACUCCUCCUCUUUGCUGCUCCUAUCUGUCCUAUUGGCUCAGCUGCCGCUGUUUACGUCGGCGUUUCCCGCCCAUGCGAGACGAAUCCACACCGAUUUUGACAAGCUGACCAAUCAGACGAGGCACCUGCAGAGGCUGACGCACGACCUGAUCAAUGCCCACAAGACUGAUGAUGCAACUCAGGAACAAUACAAGUUUAAGUCUCUUCCAUCCAUUAACAGCAGAGCAAAUGACCUCAGCUCACUGGAGCUGAAGUCUACACUCUCUCAGCUCCAUGCUGACCUCAAAUCCUUCGAGCAUCAUUUUGAGUGGCUAAACAAGGUGACACAGAAGCAUCAUCACUCCUUAACAUCAAAGCUGGCCGAAAUCAUUUCCCACAUUAAGAGCCUCAGUAGUUUGCUGCACCGGCAGAUGCUGCAUGUAGAUGCCCCUCGGAUUCCCGUACCUUCUCCCUCUCUCCCUUCACAACCAUUGACCCAGUGGGACAUGAUUCAGUCAUCACAGGUGCUUCUUCAAAGGUUUAGGCUUUUCUGUGAUUGGGCAGCACGUGCGUUCCUCAGCCUCAAGUCCAAAACUCAGGUGUGAGGGCCCUCAUCAAUCCCACAACCAAUCCUAACCAACAGUCUCUACACUACAGCCAGUGGCAUUCUUCUAAUUACAAACUCUGUUCCACUUUGAACUGUCACCAUGAGGUUACAGCCCAGUGCAUAUGUGAACUGAUAAUCAGAGUCUUUGGCACAUAGCAGCCACAGGGCAGAACACGAUAUCUUAAAAACCUAGCUGUUGUUUGUGUUUGGACUAGAACAACACAUCACAACAAACUGUCUUCUUUUUUAUCAUAUCUAUAAUUAUC